CCGAGCUAAUGGUGGUUGUGUUGCCCAUGGUUGAGUGGAUGUAUCCAAUAACGAUGGGCGUCGAUGGCGCUUGUCGACUUGACACCUCGUGCCCGCCAUCCGUCACUGUCAUUGUUCCGGCGUGUCACAACAUCAUCAACGGGGUUUUAUAGCGGGCUGAUGACUGUGAGAGUGGAGGAAUGUUGGCUGGGGUAUUGUGUUUUGAAAUGCAACACAUCGGCAAAAUGUUUUAUUUGAAGGUGACACUGAUGUAUUCGUCGCCGGCUUUAUUCCAGGUCGGAAACUAAUGGCUGAAAAACGGCGACGAGCCAGAAUCAACCAGAGUCUGACAGAAAUCAAAGGCAUCGUGUGCGCGCCACAACUACAAAAUGACCCCAACUAUGACAAGAUGGAGAAGGCUGAGAUUCUGGAGACGACUGUAGAUUAUCUGAGGAAUGUCAGGAAGAUCAACACAACACAUAGACACGUGAAAGAAGCUGUUCAAGCCAGAUUCCAACAUGGCUUCUCCAAAUGUGCUGAAGAAAUCCUCUCCUACAUCCAGUCUCUGCCGGGAGUGUCGGACAAUGUACAUCGUCAGCUGAGAAAACACAUCUCUCGACGUAUGACACAUAUUCAACAGGUACCCGUGACAUCAACAGAGGAUAUGACGUCAAACACAAGACAGUGUUAUGAGAGACUGAGUGCAGUACCUUCCCGCAAUUCCCAGUAUCAGUAUCCGACUGCACAUGCGUACAUGGGCACUUCCCCUGUGAAGGAAGACAACAGUUUCUCUGACAGUGGAUAUGCUGGUUCUCCUGAUUUUACCAAACAGCCCACCCAAGGUUCGGUACACUACCCGUCAUCAAGUCUCUCAGAUUCAGAACUCUGUAAAGUACCAACAGAAAUGGUAAACAAAGACUCGAGAGUAAAAGCGUGGCUCCAGAGCACGUGGUCCUACUCCCAACACAUCAAGAUGGAACAACAAUCUCCAUGGAGGCCUUGGUGAUAUUUAUUUGACGCUUUCCCCCGGCUGUGAUAUUGUUGUGCGAAACUUGCAUAUAUGUAAUAAAUCAUGCAUAAUGAAA